CUCGCACUUUCCCAAACAGACAGACUUGUUUAGUUUCCUCCCCCUUCUUCUUCUUCUUCUUCCCAGAAAUUUCUCAUUUAUAUUUUGUGCAUAUCUCUCUCUCUCUCUCUGUAGCUGCAGUCUCCUUAGAAUUUUCUUGGGUUCUCUUUGUCUCUUCCAGGUGAAAUUGUGAUUUUCUCCUGAGUUUAUUAUAUGCAUUCCAAGGCUGGAGUUUAUGUAUAUUAGCAUCACAAACAGAUAUUAAAAGAUUGGAAAAAAAGAUGGUUUUGGGUUGUUUCCCUUUGAAGAGCAAGAAGAAACGAGGCUCCGUGUCUAUGAAGCGGUUUGAUCCUGAAGAAAGCAAGCCAACUGCUUUACCUCAGCCACCCAACAUUGCAAGUCGUAGUUUACAAUCAGCUCCUCCCAGCUUCAGAACUCGAGUGAAGCCAAUUCUCUCUACUAAUGGUGGAACCGGAGAUAUGAGUAGCCGGGCAAGAGUGAUGUCUGCUCCUUCAAGCAUUCACGGUGCUGUCGAACGGGAUCUUCUUGCUGGAGUUUACCAUGACGAGCAAGAUGACCAACCAAGAGAUGCUCGUCCUUCUACUAAAGAAUCUAGUCCUCAACCGCUUCCGCUGCCAUCGCCGAAGACUGGCUCGUCAUUGAAGAAUUGGGGAAGCUUCAAGUCCUUUAAUGGAAACAGCGGUCGGUUAUCCGCAUCGGGAGCUGUAUCUGGACCUUUGCCUUUGCCACCUAGCGCGUCUGUUAGGAGCUUCUCAUAUGAUGAAGUGGCUGCUGCGUGUAGCGCUUUUUACUCUGACCGUUGUGUGUUGGAAGGUCUUUCAUCUGUUAUGUACAUGGCUUCUUUUGGUGAUGAAGCUUCAACCUCUGGCUUAAAGAAGGUCGACGCAACUGUUGUGCGACUUAACGUAACCACUCAGAGUAUCAGAGAGUUCAUUAAUGAAGUGAACACAUUGGCCUCGCUGCAACACCAGAAUCUGUGUAAACUGGUAGGCUAUCAUGCCCGUGACGGUUUGGACACUAGAAUGCUGGUGUACGAGAGGCUUGCUCACGGUAGUUUGGACCGGUUGCUGCAUGGGAGAUCAGAUGGUCCUCCACUUGAUUGGAACACUAGGAUGAAGAUUGCUCUUUGCGCAGCUCUAGGUUUAACCUUCUUGCACGAAGAAGGCCCGUUUCAGGCAAUGUACAAUGAAUUUUCUACUGCUAAUAUCCAAGUCGACAAAGAUUUCAGCGCCAAGCUAUCAGGAUACGGUUGUGCAGGCCAUGCUCCAGAGACAGAGACAUCAAACAGUUCAGCACUUGCGAAUCUCUCGGUCGAGACGAUAGAGAGAGGGCUUUUGACACCGAAGAGCAACGUGUGGAGCUACGGAAUAGUUCUUCUUGAGAUGCUGACGGGGAGGAAAAACAUGGACGGGGCUUACCCGAAAGAAGAGAGGAACUUGGUGAAAUGGAGCCGAGCUUUUCUAGCAGAUGACUGCAGGCUCUCACUUAUCAUGGAUCCUCAGCUUAAAGGUCGGUUUCCGGCGAAAGCAGCAAGGAGCGUAGCGGAUAUAGCACAGAAAUGUCUGCAGGUGGAGCCAUCAGAGCGUCCAACCAUGAGAAACAUUGUGGAUCAACUGAAAGUCAUACAGGACAUGAAGUACUCGUGUAGGUUUCCGUUAAUAGAACCAGCACCUGUCGCUGCAAGGAAACAUAUGGGAAGAUCAAGCAGUCUCAACACCAUUAUUUGGACCCCAGCGUCAGUGCCACCAAGGUCGAGCUUUUCACCCUCGCCGCCACCACGACAACCGUCGAUUUCACCCACAAGGGGAGGAACGGUCAUGUUCCCACCAGUGUUUCCGCCACGAGCUUGUUCAUCGUUGGAGGAGAUGGCCAGGGAAGAGGUUCGGAGAUCGUCUUCAGCCAGUGGUAGGAGAACUAGUCUGGAAGGGUUUUGAUUUGUUCAUAUCUCUCUCUCUCUUCUUUCUUCUUUUUCCUAUUUGUUUUUAUAUUUUUGGCGUUGAUUUGUUUUUUUUUGGAUUCCAAAUAUAUUAAAAAGAAAAAAAAAAAGUUUUUUCUUCUUUUUUUUUUUUGUUUUUGCGUUGUUUAUAAAUCCGGACAUCGAGAGAGGGUUUAUGCUGUUGUUGUUGUACAUAAUAAUCAACAUUUCUUCGUCUUUAGAUUUUAAUAAUCAACCUUUGUACA